AAAAAAAAAAAACGCCUUUUUUUGGCGCGAAAAAGACACGUUUAAAAAUUUACCCUUAUUCCAAGGAAACAUCGUCAUAAUAAUAAUCUAAGUCGCUUACGUGAAAAAUUUUAAAAGGUUCAUCUGUUAUAUUUGGUUUAAUAAAAACAUUACCCUUCCAAGACCAAGAUGAUGCAAUUCUACCUUCGUGAUAUAAUUGACUGCUCAUUCCCAACAGGGCUUUAUAAGCUGGGCAAAGAUUAUCUGAAAUAACAACUUUACGAUGAUUUACACUGUCACCACCAGUUAAAACUGGUAACUAUGUUCUUACUCAAUGUAAACCUACCAUUGUCAGUGCUCUUGGGGCUGUCCCCAAACCUGACUCUGACGAGUUACGCAUUAUACAUGACUGUUCCAUGCCAGUUGGAAAGGGUGUCAAUACAUACAUUGAUAUUGAAAAACAAAAAUUUCAAACUAUCGAUGAUGCCUGUGCUAUGAUCAAACAGGGAUAUUUUAUGGCCAAGGUUGAUUUACGCCAUGCAUAUCGGUCAGUACCUGUUCAUCCAUCAAACUAUGCUGCGCUUGGUCUAAAAUGGCGGUUUUCUGGAAGCACUCAAUACUCAUAUCUUGUCGAUACUCGACUUCCUUUUGGAGGUCGAAGUGCUCCUGGAAUAUUUCAUCGCCUUACACAAUCUGUUCGUCGUAUGAUGCUAAGACAAGGUUUUCCUCUCGUUAUUGUCUACCUAGAUGAUUUUCUUGUUAUUGGCCGAACACAGACUGAAUGUUAUGAGGCCUAUAACACACUCUGUAAAUUACUUGUUGGGCUAGGGUUUCAGCUUAGCCCUGCUAAGUUGGUCCCUCCAUGCCAGCAACUUACUUUUCUUGGAAUUCUGCUUGACACUGUGUCACUUACCCUUUCUCUUCCACCUGCUAAACUGGAUGCAUUGAGGGAAGUAGUGUCACAUUUUUUAACCAAGCAGAAAGAGAAAGAGUUGCAACGUCUUGCUGGUCGCCUAAAUUGGGAUUGUAAAGUCGUGUAUGGUGGUAGAACGUUCUUGAGACGUGUCCUGGAUCUGAUGAACACCUUGUCUUCCUCUGCCUUGAAGUGUCGCUUGACGCUCGAAUUUCACAGGGAUAUAGCUUGGUGGGAUCAGUUCUUGGGUGUGUUUAAUGGACAAUGCGAUUUCUAUGACCAAAGACCUAUUACCAGUCCGCAAACUGAUGCUUGCUUUGACGCUGUUGGUGCCUUUUUUGAGGGUGAUUGGUUCUAUUCUCAUCUAUGGGUAGACCAUUCCCCUCUUGCCUCUUUGCAUAUUAAUUUUAAGGAAGCCCUGUGUGUAGUUCUUUCUGCUAUUCGCUGGGCUCCCACUUGGCAGAACAAAACUAUCCAUGUCUUCUGCGAUAAUACUGCUGCUGUUGCUGUGCUUAAUAAAGGAACUACCCAUCACCCUGUUAUGAUGAAUUAUUUACGUCAGUUGUUUUGGUUAUUGGCUACCUUCAAUUUUCGUUUGAAGGCUUUCCAUGUAGCUGGUGCUCAGAAUGUCCUUGCUGACGACAUAUCACGUCUUCAUUCAAGACAACACUUAUUAUCAUAUAUAUAUUAUCGUAUAUAUAUAUUUUGUCCACGCUUAUUAAUAUUAUAUAGAGAUGUGUUAUUACCUUGGCUUUGUUGUUGCUUAUAUUAUAUAUGUGUUCUACUUUCAUUUCAUGCUUGUAUAUAUUUUCAGCUAUUACUAUAUAUAAAUGUUUUGUAACUUUUGUCCUAUCUACAGCAAUAGAACUGUACUCUACAAUGAUGAGUUUUUAUGUGUGAGUUUAAGUGACUCAUAAAUAUAUAUUUAUGAGUGUUUAAAUGCACACAUAUAUAGAUCUUCUUCCUACAGUACUCUAGUUUGUAUUGCCCAUAGUUAGUUCACCAUUUACCUAUGUGCCUUUUCUGGUCAGCAGCAUAUAUUUUGGUCAGCAGUCUUGCUAGUAUUUAAGCUGCAGUUGCCUCAUGGUUUUCCUUUUCAGUUCUAGCAGUUUUUCUUCCUCCUCCCUCCCUGCUGCUAUUAUAUAUACCUCUAUGUUUUCACAUAUUUUACGUUGUGAGCUAUGCUAUGUAUAUAUAUAUUUUGUUCACGCUUAUUAAUAUUAUAUAGAGAUGUGUUAUUACCUUGGCUUUGUUGUUGCUUAUAUUAUAUAUGUGUUCUACUUUCAUUUCAUGCUUGUAUAUAUUUUCAGCUAUUGCUAUAUAUAAAUGUUUUGUAACUUUUGUCCUAUCUACAGCAAUAGAACUGUACUCUACAAUGAUAAGUUUUUAUGUGUGAGUUUAAGCAACUAUUUAAUAUUUGUGUGGUAUAUAUUUAUUUCAGUGGUAAUAAAACGUGCAAAUGGGGUUGACAUUAUAUCGAAAUCAACCAACCAGAUCACAGCAAUUAAAGUUAUUAGAUUUUUUCAUGGACCCAGAUGGAGGCGAUAGAUUGAUUAAAAUCUUUCCUUUUCCUGAAAGUUCGCUUUAUGUUACGUUUCUUUUUCUAAAGUUCGCUUUUUGUUAUGUUUGUCUCAAACCAUUUUGCACUUUUUUCUACAUAUUCACUUUUCGAAGUGCAGGUAGCCAUAUAUUUCUGGAAGCUGUUAGGAAAUACUAUUCAUAUGAGUUUCUCUGCCUAUACUAUUUAUGGCCAGAUGAGGAUCGAAAUCAACCAAUCAUAAACUGAUUGUGUGUCAUUGCAAAUGUGUUUUGUACAUUACUUCAAUGGUUAAACCAGCAUUGGAUGGAAAUUUUAUGAUGCCAUCAUCACAUGGCCAUUGAUGGACACGAUUAUUGAUGUAUGUAUAAUGUAAUUAAUGGAUGUUGAUGCCACCUUCCCCGUAUGUUGGUCCACAGUUUAUAUCAUUAUAAGAAAAGCGCAUGAAAAUGAGCCACUUGUAUUUGCCUGCUACAUAGAUUUCCAUGUACUGAUCUAUGCAGCUGCAGUGAAAUAUGUGAAAAUCAAACUGAAUCAGACAACUCUGAUGAGGAUGACUUAGAUGACCCAGAUUAUGAUGUUGAUAAUAUAUGACGGUGUUAAAAAAGAAUUAUUAUGUAUAUUUUUAUAAAAAAUAUAAUACAUAAAAGUUUUUUAUUGUA